AAAAAAACGAGAGCUCGGACCGUCCCUUGCACGACAUUUACAUCAAACACGCCCCCAUCCAACCCCAAACUCCUACUCCCCCUUGUCCAUUUCAUGCCGACGGACGGAGCGAGUAAAUUGACUCGGAUGAGGAAGGCCCUGCCAGUUGCAACCGUUGCAACAGUGAGGCUUGAGGCCGUUUGAGCGGAAAGUCAGUCUGUUCCAAGAGGCGAAAACGAGGCCUGGAUGAGAGCUGUAUUCUCGUUCCUUUCCUCACUACCUUCCUUCCCACUUAGUAAGAAAAUACUCCCUCCCACCCGCCCUCAAUACUUCAGCGACUGUGGCUACGAUCACCAUCGAGCACACCCGCCUCCCUCCUCCUACUCCCCGACCGUCGAGACUUGGAGGGAAGAAUUGCUAGGGAUGAAGUUGGACGGACUCGAAUCCACGAAAUACAUCCUCGACGUGUGAAAGUAAGUAAGUAAGCAAGCGAGUCAGUCAGUGGGUGAGAGUGUGGAAUGGCUGAAUGGAUGGCGUAGGCACUGCUUAAUAAUGGCUGGAAGAACGAAGAACGAAGAGAGCUAAGAGAAGAGAGAAGAGAGUAAGAACUAAGAAGGAAGGAAAGAAAGAAGAAAAAGAACGGCCGAGAACAACUCAGUAGCUCCAUGCCAAGAAGACCAUCUGCGCCUCAACGAAGGCCGAUCGAUGACAGUUGAAAACGGGAAAACGAUCGACAUGGGCGCGAGAAUUCAUCCAAAUCUUCAUCAUUGCGACUCAUUCAACCGGAGUCUAACUUGAACAAUAGCUACUCCCCUGAGACUAGUGUCCAUCUCGUCACCAAGCAAGCCCUUCAUAAUCUCUGUCCGUGAACCUUGACAUCUGACGAAUGGCCUGAUUGCGGAAACAAUCCACAUUAUCUCAGACACGACAAUUCCCAUGUGCGGCUCGUUUACACUCUAAUUCAUACCUUGCUGGGCUACUUCUUCUAUUCGACUCUAUUCGACUCCAUUUGAUUCAUUGCUCAUCCCAUAUCAUGCGAAGUGCUCCUACUACCAUAGGGUGCAGAGAUAAGCCGAAAAACGACAAGGUUUGCGGAGCGUCAAGGAGUAGCUGAGGAGCUGAGGAGCUGAGGAGCGAGCCACUCAGUCCGUGCCUAACCAACCCCAAGCCCACUUGUAGUGCCGUGAUCAGUUUCUUUUCAGGGCUUCUCAUCAUGCGAAACACGGCUGGGUGGGGAGCCGCCCUCACUGGCCUCUUGGCCCUUUUGAGCAUCAGACCCGUGACCUCCGAUCAGUGUGUUUGGUAUGGCAAAUGUGGCCGAGAUCCGGAUUUUGGUGACGAUCGACACGCGUUGAAUUGCUAUAACCCCGGUCCGGCUCCGUCCACCUCGUUAUCAGACCUGACUUUGUUGUACGAGGUGUGUCCGCACUUUGCCACGGAAUUCGCCGAGGGGGACGUUAAUUUCUGUUGCGAUCGCCAGCAAAUCUUGGACAUGCAAGAUAAUUUCAAUUUACCCGGGGCCAUCCUAGCCCGUUGUCCCACGUGUCUGGCCAACUUUAAGCGUAACUUCUGCGACCUCACAUGUCAUCCCCGGCAAGCCAGUUUUGUCGAGGCCUCGAAAACGGUUCGAGCCCCGGGUUAUCAAGGUGAGCCGGUGGACAUGGUCAAGGAAGUGACCUACUAUAUGAACCCGACGUAUGCGGAGGGUACCUUCGAAUCAUGUCAAAACGUGGUCAACCCGGCGACCAGUGGGCUCGCAUUGAACUUUCUGUGCGGCCCCUGGGGCUCGCAUUUGUGUACGCCCAAGCGCUGGUUCGAUUACAUGGGGAGCAUCAAUAAUGGUUACUCCCCGUUCAAUAUUAUCUACAACUUCACGACAUCGACAACUGGUUCAUACCGGCCUCACAAUCCCUCCGUCACGCCUUGCCAUGAGAGUGUUCACCCGGGUGUGGAAGCUGCAUGCUCUUGUACGGAUUGCGAGAGUGCUUGUUCCACUGCCAGUCUAAAUGUGGAUGAGUCCCAGUCUUUGCUUGAAAUGAACAUUAACCACCUACCCGUGGCCAUGGCCGUGAUUUUCGUGGUGGGGACGUGUAUCUUUCUGGCCACUGUAUUUGUCUCCAACGUCAUGUCCAAUAGCCAUUUACCCAAAAUGGUACCGUCUGACUCUGACUUUCAAGAUGAGGACAUCAGCUCCGAGGACGAGGAUCCUCGGCCCUCUUUACUAGACCGGGUGGGCAUGAAAAUGGAGCUGGCCAUCACCUCUUGGUUCACUCAGUGGGGCAUGACUUGUGCCAAAUAUCCAUUGCCGGUUAUGGUUUUGAGUGUGGCAUUUGCCAUUGGUCUUUCCACGGGAGUGUAUUGGCUCAAAGUGGAGACGGAUCCCAUUGAGCUUUGGGCUGCACCUGGAUCCCGAUCUCGUGUUGAAAAGGACUUUUUUGAUCAAACCUUCCGCCCUUUUUACCGUACCGAACAAGUCAUUGUUCAUGCGAAGAACAUUGCUCCGUUCGAAUACCUGGACACGUUUGACGAGAAGAAGACAUUUGGCCCUGUAUUCAAUCAAUCGGCUUUUCUGGUCCCGCUCCUGAAGCUUCAAAAGGAUAUCGAAUCGAUUGUGGCCGAGGACGGCACUACAUUUGAGGAGAUUUGCAAUGCACCAUUGUCACCGCAACUCUCAGUGUGCAAUAUUCAAAGCAUUUGGGCCUAUUGGCAAGGCGAUGUGAAUAACCUGCUCAAGUCGGGAUUCAACCCAAGCACGCAACAUACUGAUACAUAUCUAGAUCACUUCUUACUUUGCGCAAGGAACCCGGCCAAUCCUAAUGACGGUCUCAAACCACCUCAAUCUUGUAUGUCUGAGGGUGGGAUUCCCGUGCAGCCCUACUUUGUUUUGGGCGGGUUCAUUCACGAAAAUGAAACGGCAUUCCCAGUGGAUCCUGAGUAUGAAAAGGCUACUGCUGUGGUCAUGACUUUCUUGGUCGACAAUUAUGAUGGCCAUUCUGACGAUCCGAUAGUUCAGGACAAGCUGAAGAAGAUUCGAAGUUGGGAAAUGGCAUUUGUGCAUUUCAUGAAGAAUUGGACGGCUAAUUCCGAAAACACUAAGUACAUGGAUAUCGCGUUCAACUCGGAGCGCUCGAUCGAGGAUGAACUCGAAAGAGAGACCAGUGGUGACAUUCUCACCAUUGCCGUGUCCUACGUGAUCAUGUUCUUUUACAUUACCUUCUCGUUGGGCCAAGUUUCCACUUGGAAGCGAUUUUUGGUGGAAAGUAAAGUAACCUUGGGGAUCGGUGGUGUUCUCAUUGUUCUCCUAUCAGUGGGGGCUUCCGUGGGGAUCUUUGGCUUCCUCGGUGUGAGUGCCACUUUGAUCAUAUUCGAGAUCAUUCCGUUUCUGGUUUUGGCCGUGGGCGUGGACAACAUCUUCAUCCUCGUCCAAACGUGCCAACGGGAUCCUCGGAAACCCACGGAAACCACCGCCGAGCACACGGGUCGAAUCGUGGGUGAAGUGGCGCCCUCGAUGUUGCUCUCGUCCGUGUCCGAAUCGACUUGCUUCUUCCUGGGUGCUUUGUCGGAUAUGCCGGCUGUGAGAGCCUUUGCCUUGUAUGCGGGCAUGGCGCUCCUCAUUGAUUUCUUCAUGCAAAUCUCGUGCUUCGUCUCUUUGAUUGCUUUGGACAUGGCUCGACAAGAAAACAACCGCUACGACAUCAUUUGUUGCGUGAAGGCCGACAAGAAGGAGACCAAAAGAAGUGAAGGCAUGCUUUAUAAAGUGUUCAAAGACCUCUAUGCGCCUUUUCUCAUGAAGAAGUGGACGUGGGUCCGACCCUUGACCAUCGUGGUGUUUUUUGGGUGGUUCUGCCUCUCGGUGGCCACUUUGCCUCAAAUUAGCGUGGGAUUGGACCAAGAGAUAUCGAUGCCGGAUGACUCGUUUGUUUUGAAGUAUUUUGAAUACCUGAAAACCUUCCUCUCUGUGGGCCCUCCUUUCUACGUGAUCCUAAACUCGACCAAUCCGAAUUUUAAUUUGGCGGACCAAAACAUUCAGAACCGAAUUUGCGGGACGUCAGGUUGCGAUUCGGAUUCUUUACAAGCCACCAUUAAACAAUGGAGCAUGAAAUCUGAUAUCACGUAUAUCGCAUCUCCGGCUCAAUCCUGGAUGGACGAUUAUUUUGCUUGGCUCUCGAAUCCCAAGUGUUGCAGUUAUGAUCCGGACACUUGGAGUGUUUGCCAAUCGAAUUCAUAUGCCAAGGCUGAAAAGGCAUCUGGCGGAGAAAGUGGUAAUUUAGGCAGUACGCCAAUGCCUUCUUUUUUCUCGAGUGAACCGAGUGUGGUAGAAAAAGAGUCGGAGGAAACGGAUUCGUUUUUCGAUUCAACCUCUUUUGAGGAUUUCUUUGCCGACGACGACUUCAUAGAACUUGAACCGACGAAAGAUGACGCCGACAAAGCACCGACGGAUAAUUUGAAAGACAUUUUCUCAAACUAUGAUGAGUUCUACUAUUUGAAAGAAGAAGGCGAGUCAGAGCAGGCAGGAAAUCGUCAGAGAAGAGCCCUGAAAGGUGAGCAUGGCGUCGACAAAAAGCGAUGUGCGCCUUGUUCUACGAGGAAUAUGAAAGGUCGACCCUCGGAAGAUCAGUUCAGGAUGCAUUUGCAGUGGUUUUUGAAAGACAAUCCGGGAGAGACUUGUCCUGUGGCCGGUCAAGCGGCCUAUCGAGAUGGCUUGCGACUUUAUACAUUGCCCGGGGAAGACCAGGAACAUCCUCGUUAUCGGGUGAGAGCCAGCAACUUUAUGGCAUUUCACUCGAUUCUCAAGAACUCUGAAGAUUAUACCAAAGCAUUAAAAUGGUCCCGGAAGCUGGCCUCUGAGCUCUCCGAAAGCAUUAACAAAGGGCUCGAUACCAAAGAUCAAGCCGAAGUGUUUACCUACUCCAUUUUCUACGUGUUCUACGAGCAGUACUUAACCAUGUGGGAAGACACUUUGCGAUCCCUGGGCAUUUCCCUCUUGGCAAUUUUUAUUGUCACCUUCAUUCUCAUGGGCCUGGAUUUGUGCUCAUCCUUGAUUGUCAUCCUUGUGAUCCUCAUGAUCCUAGUCGACUUGGGCGGAUUAAUGUUCUUAUGGGGAAUCCAGCUCAACGCCGUGUCCCUAGUCAACUUGGUGAUGGCUGUGGGCAUCUCGGUGGAGUUCUGUUCUCACAUGACGCGAUUCUUUGCGGUUUGCAUCGGGGAUAGCCUCCAGGAUCGCGCCAAAACCACGCUUGUUAAUAUGGGGAGCUCGGUGCUCUCCGGUAUCACGCUUACCAAAUUUGGAGGAAUUGUGGUUUUAGCUUUUGCUAAAUCUCAGAUCUUCAAGAUCUUCUAUUUCCGAAUGUAUCUUGGGAUCGUGUUAAUCGGUGCCGCCCAUGGUCUCAUUUUUCUUCCUGUGAUCCUUAGUUAUGCCGGGCCUCGCGUUAAUCUGGCCAAGAUGAUCUCGCAGACGAAGCCUCCUCGGAAUAAGCGACCGAUUUGGAAAUCCAGUCCCGAGAAUUCAUCCUUCGAAUGUGCUCCUCUCAACACGUAAAAAAACACUCGUAUGCACUUCUCUCUAACUCGCAAUCGCAACUUAAGAUACAUGAAAUCACUCCCACCGUAUUCAAUCCACGCAUUUCCGUACUUAGCGCCCCAAGACUCUUUAUUUUGAUUAUUGAACCAACCAAAUACUUCAACGUUCCUAAAUGCACAAGAAGAUCACUUCUGUUGCACUAGCCCUGUUGAUCCAAAGAUAAAAACUCAUUGACUCUUCUUGCCCGAGAUAAUACACUCUCGGGGCUUUUCUUUCGGCCCAAUCAUACCCAAAUUGACGUCCCAAACAGUCUUGUCCAAUAUUUUAGUUGAAAAUAAUCCGAUCCCCAUAAGCGUUGGACGGGCAAAUGAAAGCGGUAAUGUCUCCGUCGAUUGAUGAAAAGAUGAUAGGCCACAAUGACUUUUCUCGAUGUCUGUUGCUGUGAUGAUGUAAGAUUUAUUUUUUGGGCCUAGUAUUACUAUUUUGUGAAUUUAUCUCCAUGCAAAAACCUCACACGUAACUAAUUAUGUUUUCAAUCCCAGUGGACUCAUAGAUUCCGAAUAAAUAUAUGUAUAUCUAACUCAAAA